CUUCCGGAGAGGGGGGGCCGCCGAAGUCAGGCAGGGACUGAGGAGUGCACCACCCAGCCCCCAGGGCUGCAUCCGGGGCUGCCCCGGCGUCGGUGCCCCGGAAGCCUUCGGCCACGCCUCCUCGCCGUGGUCCACGCUGGGUUCGGGGAAAUCUGCCGACUGCUCGCGGUCCUGGGUCUUUGUGAGAGGGCUGCAGUAUUUUAACUGUAAAGAAGGCUGUUCCUCCUUGGGUAACAAAGUCCGCUGAGCUCCCCCCUACUGGUGCCUUGUGCGGGCUCCGUGCUGGAAGAGGUCUUCCGAGUCCAGGAGAACCAGAGCUUCGUAGGACUUAGGUGGGAAAAGAGCGAUCUGUGACCUUCCGCCCCCUCUUGGAGGGCCCUCUUUGGCCUCAUGGCAGCACCGUCCCUGGGCCGUCUGGUGCUGACCCACCUGCUUGUGGCCCUCUUCGGCAUGGGGUCUUGGGCUGCUGUGAAUGGCGUCUGGGUGGAACUGCCCGUGGUGGUGAAACGCCUCCCUGAGAGUUGGAGCCUCCCCUCGUACCUCUCUGUGCUUGUGGCGCUGGGGAACCUGGGUCUGCUGGUGGUGACCCUGUGGAGGCGGCUGGCCCCGGGCAAGGGCGAGCGGGUCCCUAUCCAGGUGGUGCAGUGGCUGGGCAUAGUAGGCACAGCCCUGCUGGCCCCUCUGUGGUGUCAUGUGGCCCCAGUGGCAGGACAUUCCCAUUCUGUGGCCUUUCUAACGUUGGCAUUCGUGCUAGCACUAGCCUGCUGUGCUUCUAAUGUCACUUUCCUGCCCUUCCUCAGCCACCUGCCACCUACCUUCUUACGGUCUUUCUUCCUGGGUCAAGGCCUCAGUGCCCUGCUACCCUGUAUGCUGGCCCUCAUUCAGGGUGUGGGCCGCGUUGAGUGCGAUGACACCUCUGUGCCCAUCUACUUCCCUGAGCGUUUUCCUGCCAGCACCUUCUUCUGGCUACUGACUGCCCUUCUGGUCACCUCAGCUGCCGCCUUCCAAGGCCUCCUGCUGUUGUUGCCAUCACCCCCGUGUGUACCCACAGGCAGCCCUGCGCAGGGCCUGCGAGUGGGAGAACCAGGAGUAGAGGAGGACGAGGAAGAAGCUUCACCAUUGCAGGAGCCACCCAGCCAGGCAGCAAGCACCACUGUCAGCCCAGACCCUAAGGCCUAUCGGCUGUUCUCAGCCCACAGUGCCUGCUUGUUGGGCCUGCUGGCCAUCACCAAUGCACUGACCAAUGGUGUGCUCCCUGCUGUGCAGAGCUUUUCCAGCUUGCCCUAUGGGCUCCUGACUUACCACCUAGCGGUGGUGCUGGGCAGCUCUGCCAACCCCCUUGCCUGCUUCUUGGCCAUGGGCAUCCUGUGCAGGUCUCUGGCAGGGCUCUGUGGCAUCUUUCUGCUGGGGAUGUUCUUUGGGGCCUACUUGAUAGCAUUGGCAGUCCUGAGCCCCUGUCCUCCCCUAGUGGGCACCUCUACAGGCAUGGUUCUUGUGGUGCUGUCAUGGGUGCUGUGUAUGGGCCUGUUCUCCUACGUCAAGGUGGCAGUCAGCUCCGUACUACAUAGUGGUGGCCAGCCAGCGUUGCUAGCAGCUGGCGUAACUAUCCAGGUGGGCUCCCUGCUUGGUGCCAUUGCUAUGUUCCCUCCUACCAGCAUCUACCAGGUAUUUCACAGGGGACAGGACUGUGUGGACUCUUGUAGCCAAUGAACUUGAGCAGGUGGAAAAGUCACACCACCCUACUUCUCUCCAUUUGGGGCUCCCACAAGUCCCUGAGUACCUGCAGGCAGCCCAGGGAGGCUGCCCACAUGCUGAUCUGCUCAGGACACUGGCACACUCCACAGGACACUCUGGCACUUCAGGCGAGGGUGGGACCAAAGAUCAGAAACAGGUUGAGGCCUGGGAUCUUUGUGUGGUUUGCAUAAUAAAGCGUCUUUAUUCA